UUUCCAUCGCCAAAGAGAUCAUCCAGUUUCUCUCUUCUCUUUCCUUUCAUGGCUUCCACCGUAGACAUUAUCCUCCUACUCCUCCUCUCGUCCUCCGCCCUCGCUGCCGUCUCCUCCGUUCCCUAUCAGGAUGUCCUGACCCUCUCCAAGCAAGGCGGGGCCGUCCCCGUCCGCAGCGACGAGGAGGUGAGAAUGCUCUACCUGGAGUGGAGGGCUAAGAAUCACCCUGCCGAAAAGUACCUAGAUCUGAACGAAUACCGGCUCGAGGUCUUCAAGGAGAACCUUCAGUUCGUGGACAAGCACAAUGCAGCGGCCGACCGCGGGGAGCACACCUUUCGCCUCGGGAUGAACCGGUUCGCCGACCUCACCAACGAGGAGUACCGGACGAGGUUCCUCAGGGACUUCUCCCGGCUGAGGAGAUCCGCCUCCGGGAAGAUCAGCAGCCGGUACCGGCUGAGAGAAGGGGACGAUCUGCCCGAUUCCAUUGAUUGGAGGGAGAAGGGCGCCGUCGUCCCAGUAAAGAAUCAGGGCGGUUGCGGGAGUUGUUGGGCGUUCUCUACAGUUGCUGCCGUUGAAGGUAUCAACCAAAUCGUCACCGGUGAUCUGAUUUCGCUGUCGGAACAGCAAUUAGUGGACUGUACUACCGCCAACCAUGGCUGUCGUGGUGGAUGGAUGAACCCCGCGUUCCAAUUCAUCGUUAACAAUGGUGGCAUCAACAGUGAGGAGACCUACCCGUACAGGGGGCAAAAUGGGAUUUGCAAUAGCACGGUAAAUGCUCCCGUUGUGUCAAUUGAUUCGUACGAAAAUGUUCCUUCCCACAACGAGCAGUCUCUCCAGAAGGCCGUGGCAAAUCAACCAGUUAGUGUUACUAUGGAUGCUGCUGGACGCGAUUUCCAACUCUAUCGUUCGGGAAUAUUCACCGGAAGCUGUAAUAUUUCAGCCAAUCAUGCUUUGACCGUAGUAGGUUAUGGUACUGAAAAUGACAAGGACUACUGGACCGUGAAGAACUCGUGGGGUAAGAACUGGGGAGAGUCUGGUUACAUUCGAGUGGAAAGGAACAUUGGAAACCCUAAUGGCAAAUGUGGUAUUACAAGGUUUGCUUCUUAUCCCGUAAAAAAAGGGACCAACACUGCUGCGAUUCCCAACUGGGCUUUAACUAGCUCAGGAGGUCUCAAGAGCAGUGCAUGAUGAGAGAGUACUAUAAGUAGCAACUCGAUCGCUAUGAUAUGUAUAUAUUAUCAAAUAAGAUCUUGCACGUCUAUUCUGUAACUCCGAUCGAGAUCAUGUACUAGCUAGCUAGCUAGCUAGAUCAAUAAUAAUAUUAUUAUAUCAGUUGUGAUGUAAA